AUGGACCUAUUCGCUGCAUUUCUUAUAACAUCUGUAAGUUUAUUGAAUAACAUUUGAGAACCUCACUCUUAAAAUUUUUGUAGAAUAGCAUAUUUGGAAUAUACUGUAACUUUCAAGUUUUCAACAAUUAUCGGAAAAAUAAGAAGGAGAGAACAUCUUUCAAUAUGAUAUGUUUCUUCCGAUCAUUUAUAAACAUCCAUAUUUUAUCAACAACUUUUAUCGCUGUUUUUGUGCCAGCUACAAUUUUGUGAGUACCAAAUUUUUUAUUUUUAAAUUAAAAAACGAAACAUUCAGCGGAUAUUCGAUUUACAACUCUGCUAUUGAAUCAUCAAUAAUAUCUCUUUCAAUGACUUUGUAUUUUGCCAAUGAUUAUGGUGCAAUUUUGAUAUCUCUCAAUAGAUUAUUUGCACUUUAUCACCCCAUGACCUAUUCAAAAGUUUUUGGAAUGAAACCAACUUUCAUUACUUUGUUGGUGAUUCAUAUUUUACAAGUUGGAAUGAUUAUUCAGGAAUUAUUGGAAUAUAUACGUAAGAAUAUGACAAAAAAAUCAAAAGAUAUUUAUAAAAUAAGUUGCUCUAAUUUCAGCUAAAAAUUGUUAUUUAUAUUUUAAUGUGUCUAAACUUGCUUGGUCACCAACUCGAAAACCACAAUGUAUAAAUUAUGACAAUGACCUGAAUCUUUAUUACUUUGGUGGAAUUUUUAUACUUUUGUGCGUCAUUAAUUCAUUUUCUUUAGCAAAAGUGAUCAACCUCUAUACAAGAAAUGAGGUAACUUCGAGUCGUCAAAAAAUCUCACAAAAUAUUUAUUUGUUUUUUCAAACUUGUGUGCAAGAUUCUCUAUUUAUUUUGGAUAUUGUUUUUACUUUUAAGUUAGCGUGAGUUGAGUUAUCACUAUUGAGAUUCAUAUAGUUUUUUUUCAAGAGGACUAAGCGAUUCUAAAUUUUGGACAUUUAUAAGUGGCACAGUGGUUUGGCAAAGUCUUCAUUCUUUUGAUGGUUUCAUCAUGAUGAUAUUUCAUAGCAGAAUGCAAAAUAAUUCAAAAGCCAGCGAGACUACAGUUGCCGUACUUACGAAAACAACCACAAAUAAGAAUUAAUGCCAAAUUUAUAAACUAACAAAUAAAAAAAUUUGUUUCUUUGAUAAACAAUAAAUACAUGUUAACGUCAGACAUCAUUUCUUUGUAUUUCAAGUUUCAAUCUUCUGAACCUCUGAACAUGUUUGUUUUGACAAUAGUUAGAUCUACGUUAUGUUAGUCAUCUUAUCUAAUGAGUCUUCGAAUUCAUUGAUGCGAAUUAUUUAGAUUUUAGUUUUGAGAAACUUGAAAUUUUAAUGGCUGAUGCAUCUUUUCUAGCUUGUUCCACUUUAUUUGUUGUGUUUUUAUUUGGGAUCUACACCAACUUCCACGUUAUCCGAUUUCUUCUUAUUGGUAAUAUCGAGAAAACUUCAUUUAAUGUUAUUUGUGUCUCAAAAGCCUUUUUCAACGCGUUUCUUGUUACAAUUGGUUUAUCAUUGUCAUUUUUCAACAUUUUACUGUGAGUAAUCCAAAAAGCUUCGAUAAAUGUUUGAAAUAUUUCAGUGAUAAAUCUCCUCUUCCACCUAUGGGUGACAAUAUAAUAGUUAUGAUUGGUGUCAACUUCACAAUUUGUAAUAAUGUAUUUAAUGUUCUCACAGCUUUAAAUCGCUUCGGUGCAGUUUACUUUACAAAAUAUUAUGAUAUUUAUCUUAAUUCAAGAAAAACAGGAUACAUAAUUUUUGUAGUAAUUCUUAUUGCAAUAAUUGUAACCGUUAAUGAUGUUAUGGAUUAUUCCAGUGAGUUUAUCCAAAAAUGAAUUUCGUAUAAUGAUUUCACAGCACUCGAUUGUUAUUUUCAUUUCAAUACAACGUCAUUUCUCUGGCUUUUCACUGAAGAUUGUUUCAAAGUGUCAUACCUUUUUUAUGAAUAUGAAGUCAUGUAUGGUUUAAUCAUAAUCUCGAAUAUUUUUUGCUUCAUUCAACUUUACAAACUAUACAAUCAGAAAAACUUCAAGAAUCAAAAACUCCGUAGAAAUCUUUACCUUUUGAUUCAAACAUCUUGUCAAGAUUCAUUUGGUAUAAUGAGUAUAAUCGUUUCGUUCAAACUAAUGUAAAUAAUACUAAGGAAUUCCGAAUUUGAAUUUAUAUUAUUUUAGGUUAUUGUAUGACUCCGUUCCUUGGAAAUUUUUCAGUGGAACUGUUGCAUGGGCAAUAUUUCAUGGUAUUGAUGGUUUAAUUAUGAUGAUUUUCACGAAGAAAUUGAUGAAAAAUAUGGAGAACUCAACGAUAUCGAAUAGUCAGACAAACACUGUUCAAGUUUUGCCUAUGAAAUACUGA